AUGAACGGAAUGGGAGGAGAGGUUGUCGAUGGCUCGGGUACCAUCGACCCGGCAAAUCUGAGCAACUCCGUCUCGGUUCUGCCGGUACCAUCCCCUGCUGAACCAAGUCCCCGUGGUGUCAAGCGUAGUCGCACCCCAGAUUACAGUGGGAACGGACAUACAGGAGAUCAGGAUGAUGAGGACCAAGGCCGGCGCAAGCGCGGUCGCCCCCCGAAGACACCACGAGCAGGAGCAGGUUCCAAUGACCAAGCGACUAUAGGUACCCCAGUGCAAACGCCGCAAAUGCAGUCUCGCCCACUCCCACACCAGGCAGCUGGAUCGCCCCCUCUUGCAUCGCCUCCCGAUAAGACAACACCGACCAAGACACUUGUCAAGGCCCUUCCGACUGUGCGCGAUCACACCUCCGACCAGCUGAACGAUGAAGGGGACGAAUAUAUCGCCAAAGAAUUCGAUGAUGCAGGAGAGCAGAAGGUGGACGCCAUGGGAUACCCGCAGGGUGGUCGAGAAUAUAAGUGUCGAACGUUCCGUGUACCCAACCGAGGUACCAAACUGUUCAUGCUGGCGACUGAGUGCGCAAGAGUAUUGAACUACCGCGAUUCGUACCUCCUGUUCAACAAGAAUCGAUCCCUGCACAAGAUCAUCGCAUCUCAGGUUGAGAAAGACGACUUGAUCCAGCAAGAUAUCCUGCCGUAUUCCUACCGAUCCCGCCAAAUCGCAAUCGUGUCCGCGAGAUCGAUGUUCCGUCAGUUUGGGAGUCGCGUGGUUGUCAACGGUCGCCGGGUUCGCGACGAUUACUGGGAAAGCAAGGCUAGGAAACAGGGCUUCACCGAGGAUGAUAUGGCGGGUGAGAAGCGUCCGGGUGCUGCGAAGGCUCGAGAUGGAACAGCCACAGAGGCCGAGCGUCACAAUACGUUACCAGCACUUCCGCAUAACGACGUGAUCUUCAGCACGGUUAUCGAGCCUCUGCCUCCGGGUCUCUCUUUGGACGUGACAGAUUCGACUUCAGCGCUCAACCAGCUGCCGAUGAUCCAUAUGGCCACUACGGACGACCAACGCCUACGAGACUAUAUGUCGCAGCAGCAGUCACGCCAGGAAUUAACAGGCCAGCCCUACUCAGACCGAACCCAGACCAGCACCGGGGCCGAAAUCAUCCACCAGGCACAGACUGCGGCAGACUUCAACCGAGCCCUGACCACCCAGCGAAAUCUUCGCCUGAAGGGACUGGAAGAGUUCUACAACAAACCCCGGGAGGCGCCUGAGACGGAUCAGCCACAGUCGACUACCGCUCUUGACUCGGGACUUUCUGUAUCUCAACCUCUUCAAACCGCCCAGAUUCCUCCUCAGGGAAUGCCAAACCCCGUCCAAGCGCAACCCGUGAUGAGCCACCAUCACCAACCCAUGAUGGCGCCCCAGCAAGCAUACCCACAGCAUCCCCACCAACAAGCCAUCGGGCAAUCACCCGUCCGAGGGAUGCCACCAAGCAUGCGACCCGACCUUAUGCAUCAACGAUCCAACCCCUCCAUGUCGGCCGGUGUGGCACAACCUCCUUACGGAUACCCUUCGCAGCAGCAACCCCAGCAGAUGUGGGGUCAGCCUCCGCCACAACCGCAGCCCUCCCCCAUGCCGUCGGGUCCGCAGGGUGUCGGAAUGCCUCAAUAUUCCCAGCAGAUGGCGGCCGCUCCCCAGCAGACCCCAUCACCUAUUCACCACGGCCAACAACCUCACCAAUCCCCCCGCAACCAACACCGCCCAUCCGUGCCGCAGAUGCCGCAGCAAUACCAGAUGCAGCACCUCCAGGCGCAGCAACAAGCCCAAGCCCAGGGACAAAUGGGCUUCCCUGCCGGCGGUCCUACUGGGUACCCCGGCAUGGCGCGGGGGAUGUAUCCCUCGACUCAAGGCGCCGGCGGUCAAGCUUUCAUGGGCGCCCCUCAGCAACACUCCGGUAUGGCGGUAAAUAUGGGAGCAGCCGGCAUGCCUGGAUGGCCCACUGGGCCGGGUGGACCCAUGCAGCCCGGUCAAUCCCAACCAGGCCAGUCCAGCAGCCCACUUGGUGGAUGGUCAGGAUACUAG